AUGAAAUAUCACUUUUAUGGAAUUCUACUUCGUUUCGUGUUAUGGCACAUGUGUGAAAUUGAACUGUCGAGAUUAACUCAGUUUGACGAGAUUUGUUAUGAAUUUGAAAGAAGUGAACAAAAAUAUCGCCGCAAAAAAGAUAUGAAAGUAAAUCAGAGUUUCACAACUUGUUCAAUUAAUAAUCAUUAUGAAUGCAAGGGAAAACGAAAACAUCGAGAAGCACUGCAACUGCUUUGA